GGGAAAUAACAACCGUGUGCUUAUUCUCCCCCACCACACCACCCAAGACAGGAAUAAAUAGUCUGUCUGGUGUAGCCACCGAAGGUCUCAAGCUUGUCAAAACGCUCAGCGUCCAUUCAGCGCUGAAGGUAAGUGAUGUGUGGGUUGGACCUCCAGCCCUCAUCAUCCUGCCCGUGAUCUCACUCUGGGCUCUGGGAUGGGGCCGUCGCUGCUGGGGUUGAUCAGAGACCAUUCCCGCUUUGGAAAGCGAAGCAUUUAAGAAGUCCCGAGGUCUCUCUGGGUGAAGGGGAAAGUGUCAAAUUUGACUGAAAAUGAAUGGGAGCGGCUUGAGCCACACUGAGUUCAUCCUGCAAGGUGUACCCAAUGGUGACGGCUACAAGCUACUGAUAUUCCUCUCCUUUCUGUUGCUGUAUAUCAUCAUCUUCGCAGCCAAUCUUACCAUUAUGUUCUUGAUUAAGACCAAGACCAAUCUACAUGGUCCCAUGUAUUACUUACUCUGCAUCCUCGCUGGCAUUGACAUCAUUCUCAGCAAUGUGACCAUCCCCAAGAUUCUAGCCAUGUAUUCAUUUCAAUCCAAGGUCAUUUCCCUGGAGGCGUGUGUCACCCAGAUGUUUUUUGUCUACUGCAUAGCGUUGAGUGAAUCGACGCUUCUGGUAGCAAUGGCUUAUGACCGGUAUGUGGCCAUUUGCCAGCCCUUCAACUACCACAAGCUCAAGUUCCAUUACAUCCUCUUGGCCGUGGCCCUGAUUAUUUUCCUCCGAGCCAUGGGCUUCGUUGCAGUGGCAGCAUUACUGACCCAAGCCACAUACUGCGGCUCCAACUUUAUCCAGAAUUGCUACUGCAACUAUGGUUCGCUCUCCAAGCUGGCCUGUCACGGUGUGACUGUGAGUGAUGCCAUCACCUACCCCCUGUCCUUUCUCAUCACCCUGCCAGACAGUUCCCUCAUCAUCGUCUCCUACUUCAAGAUUUUCAAGGUGGCCUUCUAUACUGGGCAAGGGGAGGUCCGCAACAAAGCUCUCAAUACCUGCACCAGUCACUGCUGUGUCCUGAUAUUGUUCUACACCAGUGCCCUCUUCGAGUUCACCAUGUACCUGGUCCCCAGCAUCUUCUCUUCUGAACUCCACUUUGUGGUGGCCGUCACUUUCGCUAUUUUCCAACCCAUCUUCAAUCCCAUCAUUUACGGCGUGAGGACUAAAGAAAUCAGGAAUAGCUUCCUCAAACUGCUGGGCAGGAAGAGAGUCGCAGACAGAUUGUGAAUCAGUUCAACGGCUGUCAGUGUUGCUUCUAAGUAAUCUACCUGCAGUGACCUUACACACUGACCAAAUGUGGUCUUCAGACUAAGCAGAUUUGGAGGGGAAAGGUUAACUGGACCAGAGUCAUUCAAUCCCCAUUUUGAAAUCAUGCAUUUUGUCUUUUCUUUUGUACUUCCAUUACUAACUCCAGGGGUUACAUUUAGAAUGGGGGUUAACUAUGUAAACAGAUCUCACUGUUGUAAUAAAGAAGUGCAGAACCUGGGACACUCUGACACACAAAGGUGCUGGAAGCACUCAGCAAAUUCGUCCAAAUCUGUGGAGAGAAGUAGAUAACUUGGGUAUGAAGGGAGCAUACCUGACAGGUUAACUGGGGAGACGGUAGUGUAGUGGUAAUGGUACUGGACUAGUAAUCCAGAGUCCCAGGGCAGGGUUUUCCAGUCCCGGACACAGGUGGGAUUUACCGGUGCCGCCAAAGUCAAUGGACUUUUGGCUGGCUCACCGCAUCUGCUGUGGGACAACCUACCGCAGUGGGCUGGAAAUUCCCCCCCUCCCCCCAGACCAAUGCUCUGGGGACAUGGAUUCAAGUCCAACCAGGGCAGCUGGUGGAAUUUAAAUUCAAUAAAAAUCUGGAAUUGAAAGCUAGUCUCAAUAAUAAUGACCAUGAAACUAUCAUCGAUUGUUAUCAAAACCCAUCUGUGUUCAUUAAGGUCCCUUUAGGAAAGGAAAUCUGCCAUGCUUACCUGGUCUGGCCUACAUGUGACUCCAGACCCACAGCAAUAUAGUUGACUCUUAACUGCCCUCUGAGAUGGCCUAGCAAGCCGCUCAGUUGUAUCAAAUGGCUACAGAAUGAGUUGCAGUGGGUCAAGAAGAUGGCUUAUCACUCCCCUAGCAGCACGCAGGCUCCCCAAUGAGUUGGGAGCCCAGCAGCUACUUGGAGGCGGUUUCCCGGUAGUCAGUCAGUGGGCCAUCGGAGCCUGCUCUCCAGGCCCCAGUGGCCAAACCUCAAGGCUGACACGGCCAAAAUCAUUCUUGUGGUGGCCGUCCCCCUCCACACUGGCGGCCCCAACAGGUCUGGGACAUCUUUGUGCGGAACAUUCUGCCGCUUUCCGAGCGGGGCUACACUUUGAGGCGCCCUCGUGCUCACCUUCUCGCUCAGCAGCGUUGACAUCUCCCAAUGGGGCUGCCGGCUGGUCAGUCCUGGGGGACCCUCCUGUUGGACCACCCGCGACCCUGUUCCCAUCACUGUCCUUUCAACUGGACAGCAAGCACAGAGGCAGCUUUCUAACUGACUGCCGGUCGGAAAAUCUCCCCUGGCAGUGCGCUGCUGACCUGAGUGAGGUCAAGACUCAGAAAUGGUCCUGAUGGCCAAAGAAUUUAUAAGUGGAGGAGAUUCCACCCAAGAAGAAAAUAGCAGAUUAGCUGUCAGUUAUGCCUCCCACGGGGAUUUCCUUGGGCUUCACCAGCCUCCCUCUGCUACAUUACUUUGUUGACCACACAUUGCAUCCAUUCCAUCCAUGGAAAAAUUCAUGAGAAUGGUUCCAGCGAUGAGGAACUUGAGUUAUGUAGAUGGAUCAGAGCACCUGGGACGGUUCAUCUUGGAGAAGAGGAGAUUUGAUCAAGGUGUUCAAAAUCAUGAGGGGUCUGGGCGUAGUAGACAGGGAGAAGCCGUUGGUGGCAGGAUUGAGAACCAGAGGACACACCGAUUUAAGAAAAUUGGGGGG